AUGGAUAAUGAAACAAUUAAUCCAGAUAAUGAAAUAUCAGCAUUAAGCUCAUCGUAUAUCCGUCUCCUAGGGAUCUUUACGGGGAUGGGAUUCAGUUUGAAUAUUAUAAUUGGUAGUGGAAUUUUUGCCACACCUGGUGAUGUAUGGCGAUUAACAGGGUCGCCAAUUAUUGCUCUCAUGUUUUUCGUUUUGGGCGGGCUAAUUAGUUUCCUUGGUUGUCUAAUAUAUGCUGAACUAGGAUCUAUGCUUCCCCGGGGGGCGGGGGAACUUAGAUACCUAGAGGAAGCAUACCCAAAUAAGAAAAUCAUUGCACAUGGGUUUAGUAUUGCAAUGUUAACAUAUCAAGGGGCAAAUGCGUUUUAUAGCACAAUUAAUAGGAAUGAUACUCCUGUAGAACAAAUUGGAGGAUAUGGUGAUGCUAUGAUGAAGGUUCUGUAUGCAUACGAGGGAUGGAACAAUGUCAACUAUUUAAUUGAUGAAUUGGAAAGUCCCCGGCGGAACCUGAAAUUUUCGAAUAUCUUUAGUACAAUAACCGCAAUCAUACUUUAUAUUCUUAUCAAUAUUGCUUAUGUCAUGGUCUUAAAUCCUAACGAUGCUACUAUUAAUAGUACCGGCAAUGCUAGUCAUGUGAUUGCCAUUUCGUUUGGAGACAGUCUUGAUAAAAAUAUUGGCAAACAACUUAUCUCAGCUUUUAUUGCAAUCUCAUCUUUUGGUGCUGUUAGUUCAAUGUGCUUCACCGGUGCCCGGAUAAUUGUUUAUUCUUCACUAUCUGGGUUCAUACCCGAAUAUUUUGCUAAGUGGAGUUUCUUGUUUAACACACCGACGAGAGCCCUAUUUGCACAGUUUAUUUAUUGUUCAACUUUGAUUAUGCUCUUUCCAACAGGUAGGGAAUCAAUUCUCAAUAAGACACAAUAUAUUUCAAAGGUAUUAUAUUAA